GUAUGCAAAAAUGAUACUGUUAAGUUAAGAUCCAUACUAUUUCAGGUUAAACUGCCAAUCUCGAGAUACAGCUCCGCCUCGCCUCGCCACACCGCCUCCGCCUUUUUGCCGUUUGCGUCCAGCCAAGCUUGCUGCCCACCGGAAUCUCCGCCGCGUAGGGGGGGGGGGGGGGUGGUAUGCUAGAAGAGGGGCCCCAGGAUCGGAGGGCUCUGGUUGGUUAGACGUUCGCCGCCGCCUCCUCUCCCCGACCGCGAGGCUCCGUCGCCGGCGAUGGCGUCGUCGGCUGGCGGCGAGUCUCCGGCGAAGCCCAUCCUCCUGCACGGAGACCUAGACCUUUCGAUCCUGGAGGCGCGCCUGCUGCCCAACAUGGACAUGUUGUCCGAGCAGGUCCGCCGCUGCUUCGCCGCCUGCCGCCCGCCCACCUCCUGCGGGCCCAAGCACGCCAGCGCUGCGGCCCGGGGCGCCGGCGCCGGAGGGCGCCACCAUCACCACCGGAAGAUCAUCACCAGCGAUCCCUACGUGACGCUGUCCGUGGCUGGCGCGGUGGUGGCGCGCACGGCCGUCAUACCCAACAGCCAGGAUCCUGUAUGGGAGGAGCGCUUCGCCGUGCCGCUCGCGCACCGCGCCACCGUGCUCGAGUUCCAGGUCAAGGACAACGACACGUUCGGCGCUCAGCUCAUCGGCACGGUCUCCGUCCCCGCCGACCGCGUCACCUCGGGUGAGGAGGUCGAGGAUUGGUUCCCCGUCAUUGGCACCAACAGAAAGCCGUACAAGCCCGACACCGCGCUCCGCCUCCGCUUCCGGUUUCACCCCAUCGCCACCAACUCGACCUACCAGCACGGCAUCCCCGGAGACCCCGAGCGCAAGGGCAUCAAGGACUCCUACUUCCCACUCCGCCAUGGCGGACGCGUGACGCUGUACCAGGAUGCGCACGUCAAGGAAGGGAACCUGCCGGAGAUUGAGCUCGAGAACGGGAAGACGUUCGAGCACAACGCGUGCUGGGAGGACAUCUGCCAUGCCAUCCUAGAGGCGCACCACAUGAUAUACAUCGUCGGUUGGUCAGUGUACGACAAGGUGCGGCUCGUGCGUGAGCCGUCACAGUCGCGGCCAUUGCCUUUGGGUGGCGACCUUACGCUUGGAGAGCUGCUCAAGUUCAAGUCGCAGGAGGGCGUGAGAGUGUGCCUGCUCGUGUGGGAUGACAAGACUUCGCAUGACAAGUUGUUCAUCAAGACGGGUGGAGUUAUGGCAACACAUGAUGAAGAAACUCGAAAGUUUUUCAAGCAUUCCUCAGUCAUCUGUGUUCUUUCUCCUCGAUAUGCCAGCAAUAAACUAAGCAUUUUCAAACAACAGGUUGUUGGGACUUUGUUUACGCACCAUCAAAAAUGUGUGCUGGUUGAUACACAAGCCUGGGGAAACAAGCGGAAAAUUACAGCUUUCAUUGGGGGACUAGAUCUUUGUGAUGGGCGCUAUGACACACCUGAACACAGGCUUUUCAAAGAUCUUGACACAGUAUUCCAACAUGAUUAUCAUAACCCUACAUUUCCGGCAAGUGCAAAGGGACCCAGACAACCAUGGCAUGAUUUACAUUGCAGGAUUGAUGGUCCAGCCGCCUAUGAUGUCUUGAAAAAUUUUGAGCAACGCUGGCGAAAGGCAACAAAAUGGCGUGACCGAUUGAGAAGAGUAUCUCAUUGGAAAGAUGAUGCUCUAAUUAAGCUAGAGCGUAUCUCAUGGAUACUUAGCCCUUCACCUACACUCCCAAAUGAUCAUACUAGUUUGUGGGUUUCAAAAGAAGAAGAUCCUGAAAAUUGGCAUGUUCAGGUAUUCAGAUCAAUUGACUCUGGCUCUCUAAAAGGAUUUCCUAGUGAUUGCAAAGAAGCUUCAAAGCAGAAUCUUGUGUGCCGAAAGAACUUGAUAAUCGAUAAGAGCAUCCACACAGCAUAUGUCCGGGCAAUCAGAUCUGCACAACAUUUCAUUUAUAUCGAGAAUCAAUACUUUCUUGGUUCUUCAUAUGCUUGGCCAUCCUAUGUGAAUUCAGGUGCUGACAAUCUGAUACCAAUAGAAUUGGCCCUCAAAAUUGCAAGUAAGAUUAGAGCGGGAGAACGCUUUGCGGUGUAUGUAGUGAUACCAAUGUGGCCUGAAGGAGUCCCUACUGCAUCCUCUGUGCAAGAAAUCCUUUUCUUCCAGGCCCAGACAAUGGAGAUGAUGUAUAAAAUAAUUGCAGAUGAGCUCAAGGCCAUGAAUAUUGAUGACAUGGAUCCUCAAGAUUACUUGAACUUCUUUUGUCUUGGCAAUCGGGAAGAACCAUCAUCUAAUAGCAACCCGGAAUCAGAUAAAUCUACAGACAAAAGUGCAGCGGCCUUAGCUACAAAAUAUCGGCGGUUCAUGAUCUAUGUUCAUGCAAAAGGGAUGAUUGUAGACGAUGAAUAUGUCAUUUUGGGUUCAGCAAACAUCAACCAGAGAUCCCUGGCUGGUUCUAGAGAUACUGAAAUUGCAAUGGGCGCAUACCAGCCUCAUUACGCAUGGUCUACAAAGGGGAGGCAUCCUCACGGCCAGAUAUACGGAUAUAGAACGUCUCUUUGGGCAGAGCAUCUUGGAAUGGUUGAUGAUCGCUUCAAGGAUCCUUCAAGUUUGGACUGUGUAAGGUUUGUGAAUCAAUUAGCUGAAGAGAACUGGAAAAGAUUUACAGAUGAAGAAAUGAGAACAUUACAAGGGCACCUCCUCAAGUAUCCAGUAAAGGUGGAGGCUGAUGGUAAGAUCGGCCCACUGCCAGACCAAGAAUGCUUUCCUGAUGUUGGCGGCAAGAUUCUGGGGGUUCCAACUUCACUUCCUGAUUCACUGACCAUGUAGCGUUACAUACAAAAUGACCUUUUCAUCCACCUGUAAACUUUGUGAUUGUCUUAAUUUUGUGGGAUGGCAGGAGAAUUGUACCAUAUCUCUAAUAAUCAAGGUGUUUCUGGUGUUUGUAGAGUUGUGCUUCUGUAAGUUUUGCCUGCAUUUGUAAAUGAAUCAUAUGAUAGGAUCCUUGCCUGUGCUUCCAUUUACAUUGCAAUUAUACAACUGUUUUGAACAUUGUUCAA